CGCGAGCGCCUGAUGUCGCAGUCUCAAGACCGACAGGGGAAUUAUCUGCAGCGACUUCGUUACCAAAAGUUUGUUGGCAAGCAGCUUAUAACUGCAGUAAUAUUUAACAAUUACUUGGCUAAUGUAUAGAUAGUCGUUUGUGAUUAAUUUCUGAAGCAAAAAUGCUAGUGUGCGUUUCUCGGGUGCACUUACCUAUCUAACUAAACGUUAGUUACAGCUGAGUAGUUAGCUAGUGCAGGGCUUGUGUAGUGUUAGCGAGCUAGGAAGGUGUUUCAGGCACUUUUGAGACGGCUGUUUGAAAUCAUGCAAAGCGAUGUGUACGUGUAGAGCCAAACAAGUCUACGUGCAACGAGUGACAUCGUGUUGUAGCCAGACUUACCCAUGUGUCCUCAGCAUAUGAGUUAACUCUGUAAUAUGAGUUGUUUGGAUGAACUGUUAGUCACUUGUAUAUGUAGCUAGCUAAGCGUAGCGACACUCCAGCUAACCAAAGCUGCUCUCAGCGCUGGGGGUUUGUUUUGAAACUACUGCAGGGCAAGAGUCCGUCAAGGACUAAAACAAUGGAAACCACCAGCUCAAAAAACAUUUAUGCAAGUCGCAGACGGAGGAAACCCGUCCUGAAAAGUGUGAAGGAGUCUCCAGUGGAACCCGCAAAGUCAAAUCCCUCUAAAAGGCACCGUGAUCGACUGAAUGGAGAACUGGACCGGCUGGCCAGCCUGCUGCCUUUUCAUCAGGACAUUGUUGCUAAACUGGACAAAUUAACCGUUCUCAGGCUGAGCGUUGGCUGUCUGAGAGCCAAGAGUCACUUCAAUACUGUCCUGAAAACCAGCAGCUCUAAUCAGUCAGCAAACAACGGCGCAAAAGCACAUGUUCAGGAGUUGCCAGAAGGUGAACUACUGUUACAGGUCAUCAAUGGAUUUUUAUUGGUGGUCACCUGUAAUGGUGCAGUUUUUUAUGUCUCUUCAACUGUUCAGGACUAUCUCGGGUUCCAUCAGUCAGAUAUCAUCCAUCAGAGUGUUUAUGAGCUUAUUCACACAGAAGACAGGGCUGAGUUUCACCGGCAACUCCAUUGGGCUCUCAACCCCAGUAACUCUCCAGACACUGGGCAACUAGUAGAAGCUACUCAAGAUGCACAGUUACCACAUACAUAUUACAACCCCGAGCAGUUACCACCAGAGAACUCUGCCUUUCUGGAACGAAAUUUUGUGUGCAGGUUACGAUGUCUACUGAAUAACUCCUCUGGCUUUCUGGCCAUGAACUUUCAGGGCCGUUUAAAGUUCUUGCAUGGACAGAAUGAAAAGUCUCCAGAAGGCAAACCCAUUCCACCUCAGCUGGCCUUAUUUGCCCUGGCCUGUCCACUCCAGCCACCCUCCAUUCUGGAGAUCCGUGCCAAAAACUUUUUCUUCAGGACCAAACACAAACUGGACUUUACCCCAACUGCAUGCGAUGCCAAAGGGAAGAUUGUGCUGGGCUAUACAGAGGCAGAGCUGUGCUACCGUGGCUCAGGCUACCAGUUUAUUCAUGCCGCAGACAUGCUACACUGUGCUGAGAACCACAUGCGCAUGAUAAAGACAGGUGAGACUGGGUUGACUGUAUUUAGGCUGCUUACCAAACAGAGUGCCUGGGUUUGGGUGCAGGCUAAUGCCAGACUCAUCUACAAAAACGGCCGGCCUGAUUUUAUCAUUGCCUCUCAAAGAGUUCUCAUGGAUGAAGAAGGAGAAGAGACCUUGAAGAAACGUAGCCUCAUGCUUCCCUUCAGCCUCACCACAGGAGAGGCUGUACUGUAUGACAUGAACCUGUCCAAGUCCUUUAGCGGCACUCCCUCCGCAGAAUCUAUUGCAUCUGUUACUCCAGGAGACGGUAACCAACAGAAACUCCCUGGUGGACUAGAUCCCAACUCUCUCCUGGGCUCCAUGAUGAAACAAGAUGAGUCUAUCUAUGUAUGCCCUUCAGGUUCAGAUGAGCUAAUGAGAGCUCGGGACCCCGAGGAAGAGGAGGAGGAGCUUGGUGGGAUCUUUUCUAGUAACUGGCAAAAGAACAUUCUUUCUCUCCCUGAGACAUCGCUCUUUAAACCAGAUCCUGCCAUCAGCUCUGGAGGGGAAGAGAGCAACUGUGAGCUCACGAGCUUCAUGGGCAGUCUGGGGAUCACUCCAGAAGACUUGGAUCUUCUACAACAAGAAGAGCUGUUCCUUAACGUAGAGCUGGAUGGUCGAUAUGGCUUCAAAGACUUUACUGAUGAUGUUCUCUCCUAUGUUCAAGAGUCUCUUAGGAAGAAGGUGGACUUUGCACUUCCCAGCAGCGUUCAGGCCAAUCCGGAGGAGAGGUGUCUCCCUAGUAUUGCACCUCAGUCACAUCCUCCAUCACAGCCAUCACUGAGCCCAUGGUCACAGGGUCAGCAGCUUUUUUUACCUAGUCCUUUAAUGUCACAGUCCCAGCAACACCACUCUUCUUUUCUUUCCAAGCCUUCAGAGCCAAAGAUGCAGCCGUUUAUACUAAAGCAAUCCCAUUCACAACCUCAGCAAUCCUCUUCUAUGCAAAAUCAUCAGGGGUCUCUUCAAGCACAGUCUCAUCUGUACAAACAGCCAAGCUUAACACCACAUGGACUUCAGUUGAAUCCACAAGAGCAGUCACCUCAUCCAGUGAACCACAAGCAUGUAUACCAACCUGAGCAUUCAUGCUUCUUUUAUCCUGAGAAGGAGGUGUAUCAUAGACUGAAGCACACUGAGGUGAAUGGCAGUGGCAGUGUUUCUCUUACAGAGGGCAGCUCCAUUAACCAGCAGCUUCCAGCUGUCUUACAGUCUGGAUUGCAGCAACCUGGAAGCUUUUACCUGGAAUCCAACCAUUUGCAUCAGGGACUUCCUUAUAUGAGCCAAUUAAAUACUGUGUCCAUGAACUGCAGCCAGGAACUUCCUCCCUCCUACACUCCUACUGGGCACUCACAUGUGGGUGAGUAUCUGGAGGAGCUGCUAACCUGCUUGGAUACUGUGGGUCAGGAGAAGCAUGGGCGGCCUGGAGAGCUCCAGGGAGGAAGUCAUCCUCUCUGUGCACAGUCUAAUCUCGAUCAUAGAAUGCUCCAGCAGCCAUACAUGGGCCAGAAUGGUGCACUCGGAGAUCUCCAGGGAAGCUUCGAAGAGGAUGGUAUCGGCGGCCUCGCAGCACAGCCUCCUCAGCAGCAUUCUUGCGACAGCAGGCCCCACCCAGACCUGUCCAUGGGAUACAUGUGAACAUACAGCACGAGGAGCUCACAGCCUAGCAGUGCUCACGCUAGGAGACGUGAGGAUUAGAAGCUCAGUCAGGACUUUACACAGAGCAAUAAUAAAGAAAAAGAAUAGAACUAGAGGGAGUAGGAGUGGGAAAUGGGAAGAGUGUGUAAGAGGUGCUGAGCAACAGCAGACAAGGCAAUGUAAGAAAAUACCUGAGUGAAUAUGUGAAAUAUUAUCCUUUGUGUCCGAUUAACUGAGCUGUGAUUUAACCCCAGUCAGAUCCAUCCAAUGAAUAAAGGUAUCCCUGUGUGUGUGUGUGUGUGUGUGUGUGUGUGUGUGUGUGUGUGUGUGUGUGUGUGUGUAAUAAUCCUAAGCGUUCUUCUGAGUGAACAUGUCUCUCUCGUUCGCUUUUCAUUUGAAUCAUUGUCAAGUUGAUUUCUGUCGUCACAUCUGUAUACAGUGGUCCGAUCUGUUCCUCCAGGACCACUAUAGAAACGAAACAACACAACACAACAGAGUGUGGUACAUAGGCUUACAUAAAGUCCAAAAUAUGCACUGUGUGUGCGCGCGUGUGUGUGAGACAAUGCACUUAUGGUACAAAAGGCUAAAGCACAUCAUUUUCCAUUAUACUAUGGAAACUAAUUAGAUUUUUAAUAUGGAAUAUGAUUUAAUGUUAUUAAUUUACUUCUCAUGUGGACUGCUGUGUUUCAAAGUUGUUGUUUUUUUUUUGUUUUGUUUUUGUGAGAUAGUCGAGGCCAAAUAUUUGUUAAAAAUAUUUUUUAAAUUGUGAGUUUUUAUUCCUGUAAACUAUGAUUUUUUUUUGCAAAGCAAGCGACAAUUACACUUCUGCAGUAUUUUGCAUUGUACAGUUAGUGGCAGAAUUACGCUGCUUCACCUAAAUCAUGAACACGAAUAACGGAAGUGAAUUUGAGAAUAUUUACCAAGGUAUAUUUGUGGUAUUUCCUCAGCACUGUCGAUAUGAAUAUGCAUCGGCAGUUGGAUAUAAGAUAAUAUAAUUAUCAUCUGAGAAUCCUAUAUAUUUGACAAUCAUCUUAGCAGUUUGUUUUAUACAGUAAUUUAACACUUUGUAAUCUGUUGCACUUUGGAUAAACCUGUUGUUAAAACAUGCUAACACAUGUAGCACUUCUGUACAGGCAUCUGUGAGCUUAGCCAGUGACUUGUAUGUGCAGUAGGUAUGAGAGGAAACAUAACGUUCUUAGCACAUUCAUCUUCAGUAAGUGCUUUAUCCUGUCCCAGGAACACUUGGUCCAUCACAGGACAGCAUGUACGCGUAUAGAGUAGCGACUCCACUGACAUAUUUUGUCAGAGGGGGGAAGAAACUCCGGAGGACAUGGAGAACAUGCAAAACAUCUCAAAGACAUUAACCCGAGCUCAGGAUCGAACUGGGGACCCUGGAGCUGUGAAGCAGCAUCAACUACCUGCUGCGCCACCGUACCACCCCUCUAUAUGUCCAGAAACAUGAACACCGAAUUGAAUCUUUGGCAUUCUUUUAAUUAACAGGCAGUAUUUGUACUGCAUUUCUUCGGAUGACCAUUGUAUUAAUGUGUUAUUGUAUUAAUUAAAUAAUGCAAAUGAAUUAAACCAUAAAAAUAUUGGUAUAAAUUA